GGGCUUGAGUGGAGCGUUUCCUCCAGUGUCGGGUUUCUCCAGCGCACUGGCAUUUAAAUCUGCUGCAGUGGGAAGCCUGUGGACGCCUGUCACAGUGAGUGAAUCUGCUCUAUUGGAGGAUUUGGCGCUCGUUUUCUCUUCUCUUUCAUAAUAGCAAUUGUGUCUCUUGCAUUUGCUGAGAGAUACAUUGUAGCCUCUAGCGACGCGCGCUUUUAUUCCAACAAAGCCUGAAUGAAAGGCUGCCUGUUUGGCCAUGUUUUUCGACCGUAACAUAUAAACAGAAUAUUAUAUAAUGCAUCCUAUUUUGUAAUUAUGGUCUAAUCUUUUGCGCGUUUUGUGUCGUGAGUGGCCUAUAGAGACAAGGGAACAGUUUCAAUGGACUCUUAAAAUACAUCGACGUCAUUAAAAUCCAUUCAUUUGAAUACACUACAGUAGGACUAAGGCGCAUUUGUGCGUAUUGUGACAUAAUUAUCCAGAAACAACAGAUAUAUCGUCUAAGGUUGCCUAUACUUGAGUUGCAUCAUGUUCAGCUGGUUGGGUACCGACGACAGGAGAAAGAAAGAUCCAGAAGUCUUCCAGACUGUCAGUGAAGGACUCAAGAAGCUUUACAAAACCAAACUGCUUCCACUGGAGGAACACUACAAAUUCCACGAGUUUCACUCACCCGCUUUGGAGGAUGCAGAUUUUGACAAUAAGCCCAUGAUUCUCCUGGUGGGACAAUAUUCCACUGGCAAAACCAGCUUCAUAAGAUAUCUUCUGGAGCAGGACUUCCCUGGUAUGCGGAUCGGUCCAGAACCCACGACUGACUCCUUCAUAGCAGUGAUGCAUGGCACAAUGGAGGGACUAAUACCAGGAAACGCGCUGGUAGUGGAUCCCAAGAAACCCUUUCGGAAACUCAAUGCCUUUGGGAAUGCCUUCCUUAACAGGUUUGUGUGUGCCCAGCUGCCCAACCCUGUUCUGGAGAGCAUCAGUGUGAUUGACACUCCAGGAAUCCUGAGCGGAGAGAAACAAAGGAUCAGCAGAGGCUAUGACUUCGCUGCGGUGUUGGAGUGGUUCGCCGAACGCGUGGACCGCAUCAUUCUGCUGUUCGACGCCCACAAGCUGGACAUCUCAGACGAGUUCUCAGAGGUCAUCAAGGCCCUCAAGAACCAUGAGGACAAGAUCCGCGUGGUGCUCAACAAGGCCGACCAGAUCGAGACGCAACAGUUAAUGCGCGUCUACGGUGCCCUCAUGUGGUCGCUGGGGAAGAUCGUCAACACACCUGAGGUGAUUCGUGUCUACAUCGGCUCUUUUUGGUCGCAUCCGUUGCUGAUUCCAGACAAUCGCAAGCUGUUUGAGGCAGAAGAGCAAGACCUGUUCAAGGAUAUCCAGUCGUUGCCACGUAACGCCGCCCUCCGCAAGCUCAACGAUCUGAUCAAGAGAGCUCGUCUUGCUAAGGUCCAUGCAUACAUCAUUAGCUCCUUGAAAAAAGAUAUGCCCUCAGUCUUUGGGAAGGAGAACAAAAAGAAGGAGCUGAUUAACAGCUUGGGCGAGAUCUACAGCCGCAUUGAGAAGGAACACCAGAUUUCCCCUGGAGACUUCCCUAAUCUUAAGAAAAUGCAGGAGCAGCUUCAAGCACAUGAUCUGAACAAGUUCCAGCCUCUGAAAAUGAAGCUGUUGGACGCUGUGGACGACAUGCUGGCCCAUGACAUCGCCCAGCUUAUGGUUCUGGUGCGUCAGGAGGAGACGCAGCGCCCCAACCAGGUGGUGAAGGGUGGCGCCUUCGAGGGCACCAUGAAUGGGCCGUUCGGACAUGGAUAUGGCGAGGGAGCUGGCGAGGGCAUUGAUGAAGUCGAAUGGGUGGUGGCACGUGACAAACCUAUGUAUGAUGAAAUCUUCUACACUCUCUCGCCCGUCAAUGGCAAAGUGACUGGAGCCAAUGCCAAGAAGGAGAUGGUGAAGUCCAAGCUGCCAAACACUGUGCUGGGUAAGAUCUGGAAGCUGGCUGACAUUGAUAAGGAUGGUAUGCUCGAUGAUGAGGAGUUUGCCUUGGCCAAUCACCUGAUCAAGGUCAAACUAGAAGGUCACGAGCUUCCAAGCGAACUGCCCGCUCAUCUUGUGCCGCCCUCUAAAAGAAAGGUUCCAGAGUAAGAUUGGUUUGGAAUUGGGAUGGAUUUUGGGAAAGCAUAUAGUUUCAAUUUAGGUUGCAGUUGAAUCCACGAUGGCCGGACUACCUUUACUAUAUAUAAAAAAAAAAUUUAAAAACCUGCGACUUCUUUGAAAUGUGUGGUUUGUGCUUCACUAGCAAGAAUGGAUUUGAAAAUGACCCACCUUUUCAACUCACGACUUGUGUAUGAAUUUUUUUUUAGUUUAGUUUUGUUUUAUUUUAUUUUUUAUGAACAAAUUGUGCUGUCUGCAGUCUGUUUUAUGUGUGCUUUCAGAUUUUACAGUUAUGUUUUUAUGCCACAAUUUCAAUUUCAUCUGUUCAGCUAUCAUGACUGUAAUGCUGUGUCCUAACCAGUCAUGUGGCGAUGAAUGAUGAGAAAUGUAAAACAGCACAUUUUGUCGAUCACAUCAUGAUUUCAGUUUCUGUGACAAGUUAUUUUCUAGCCUUUCCCACAGUGAAAUCUCAUUGGUCUAAAAAUCUACUUCAGGUAAUUACAUUAAACAUCUUUAUCUUCUGACUGGUUGACAAUGACAUUGUGUCACGUUUCGUAGCUGUUGUGUUCAGAAAAUAAUUUGUCGCAUUGUGCCUGGUUAGGACAUGCUAAAAUUUCACUUUCACGCUCAAUUUACACUACUGUUCAAAAGUUUAGAAUCAAUAAUUUGUUUUUGAAAAUCUCUUUCGCUUGCCAAUUUAUUUUGAUCAAAAGUACAGUGAAAACAGUAAUAUUGUGAAAUAAUAUUACAGUUAAAAAAAAAAAAAAGAUUUUAAUCUGUUUUGAAAUGUGAUUUAUUCCUGUGAUGAAUACUUCUGUUACAUCGCCGUCUUCCGUGUCACAUGGUCCUUCAGAAAUCAUUCAAAAAAAUAUUAAUAAUCUCACUGACCCUACAUUUUUGAAUGGUAGUGUAUGUCAGAUUGAUCUGUGUCUCAGGAGGGGUGAGACAUCAAUUAAUGCAGAAAAACAGGAAUCUUAUUCUGAAUUUUUGUAUCAGUUGUUAUUCUAAGUAUACAACUGUUAAAAUCUUGCUAGAAAAGCGCAAUUCCUUUUAUAAGUAGGUGUAACUGUUAUUCUCUUCUUGUUAAGGCGGCAUCUUUAAUGAAUGCGAGUCCUUUCUAGCCUGACCAAGAGACUGUUAAAACUGUAUAGCCGUCACGUCAGAAGACUCUCUGUUUAGUGUUCUUGAUGGACCCGUAGAGCUAGUAUCCUUGUCAGUAGUCUACUGUAUAUGUUAAUGCCUAACAUAUCUAAACUAACUAGUAGUGUUUAUAUAAUUCCCGUCUGAUUUUGCAAAGAAGAAAAAAGAAUGAUGCUGCAAAACAGCUUUAUUCAAGUGAUGUGAAGUUCUCUUUCUGAGCGUUUCUGCAUUCACAUGCUCAUUUAAAGAGCAGCAGCUUUGGAUCUAAAUAUGUAUUUGGUUAUAUUACUUUAUAAUAUCUGCAUUUAAUGAUUUAAUGAACUCUUUACCUCUGUAUCCACCCCUUGACAAGCAGUUAUCUAGAGCUGUCACCUUUACUUAAGCAGAUGUGAACUGAUAGAAUUUUAUGCACUGAACUAAAUGGUCUUUAAAGGGGUAGUUUACUCAAAAAAUGUCAAUUCUGUCACUAUUUACUCACCCUCGUGUCAUUUCAAACCAUGUUUUAAUUCCAUGGUUGAUGAAAAAGGAGACGUUUAGCAAAAUAGACACACUGCUCUUUUAUAUACAAGAUCAAAAAGUAGUUAGAUAUGAAUUUUAUACUAUAUUCCAAGUCUUCUGUAGCCAGGUGAUAGCAUUAUGUAAAGAAAAGGCUCAAAUAUAAGUGAUUAUUUGCUGAAAAUUGCCAUAUAUGUACAUAUUGUAAUUUGGCUUCUCAUGAUCAGUUACUGUACAAGGCACGCUGAUGUUUGAGGUCAUUGACAUUAAAGGGAUAGGUCACCCAAAAAUUAAAAUUCUUACCCCCAUGUUGUUCCAAACCUGUAUGACUAACUUUCUUCUGCAGAUCUUAUUACAAAAGAAGGUAUUUUGAAGAAUGUUGGUAACUAAACUCUUUCGGUUGAAAUGUAAAUCAAUGGGAAGUGAAAAGGUUUGGUUAUCGAAGUUAUUCAAAAUAUAUUCUUUUGUGUUCAGCAGAAAAAAGAAAUGGAACAACAUUGGAAUGAGGUGACAUUUUUGGGUGGACUAUCCCUUUAACGUAAAAAAAAAAAAAAAUCAUACUCAUUGGAUGGACACAAGUAAAGAAUGACAGGAUUUUUACUUUUUGAUGUACUGUUCCUUUAAAUCUGAUAUGCUUUGACCUGAAUGCCCAUUUGCUUAUGUGAAAUAUUUCCACUGAUUUUAACUAAACCUUCAAGUCUGUUUAGUCAAUCAAUUAAACCUAUAAGCUGCCUCGAUGCCUUGAGACACAAUCAGAUUUGUGAAACUAGAGAUGUACAAACACACUGAUGUAUUCUACAAUAUCAUGACAUGCUCAUGAAAUAAACUGACAUUCUUCGAAGACUUUCAUUAAUGCUCCAUUUGAGUCUUUAAUGAAAAAAAUUCCAGAUUUGCUCAUCAUUUUUGCACAUUAAAUUUUUCUUGGCCAUAAUGUAAAUCUAGGGUUGUGCAUUUGUGCGUUUGACCAAGUGUGUACAUGUAUAUGGGUGCAAUAUGGUUUGCAAAGGUUCUGUGGUCUGUGUACGUGUGCUUGUUGCUCAUUGUGUUUUAACCGGUGUGGACAAACUAUGUGAGACACUACUGUUCAGGGAGGUGGACAUUAUUCAACUUAAUAAAGUUCUAACUCAUUUAAAAGUG